AUGGCAGAGGACGAUCACAAGCCCGCGGUGGAUGUUCCGCAGGUGUCCGUCUCCAACAAUGAAGCUUCAAACCCGCCCUCGCAGCAGAGCCAAGGGAACGACGUCGUCAUGGCGGAUGUGCCAACAGACCAAGCAUCACCGGCACCCGCUGCCUUUGCACCCAGCCCUGCUCCUGGCCGAACAGGAACUCCAGCGCAUGGUUCUAGAGCGGCUUCAGCGCACCCAGAUUCAGGAUUCACAAUGCCUUCAGAGCCACCGUUGCAUGGCGAUUCAACGCGGCGAUACUUGAAUUCAAAGGUCACGGGGGCCCUGCUGGAGGGGAUGAAACUGCUGGCCAAAGAAAAGUAG